GGGGGAGGGGAAGGGGCAAAACAUGGCCGCUGUCAGUUCGUGACGCGUACGGAACCAGUUCUAUUGAGGCCGGUUUGGAACUAGUUUGCUUUGGUUUUUCGGUCCCCCAUGAGAGUUGCGCACGACGUCGGCAUGCGCGAAUAAUACAUAAUAUUCUGAUCGGGUUACUCGUUUGUGAUCGCAAUAUCGUUGAUAUACGAAUUUUUGUCUGGAAAUUAUGGCUGAUAACGUGGAGCAACUAGCAGAAGACGAUGAUAUAAAAAUCAAGAUAGAGGAAUCAACUCUUGAAUGCUACAUCGAGGAGCAGCACAAAAAUGGUUUUCCAGAUUUCGAUAAUACCAAUACAAUACCGUCAAGUGUCGACAUGAGGUUAAAUUUAUGGACCAGCAAAGCCACCACAUGCCUGAUCAAUCAGUACAAAAAAUAUAGAUCGAUGGUCGGACAAUCGAUGCAUAUCAGGAGUUUGCGGGAAAUGUUUGAGAUGAUAUCUCUGGAGAUGCAGAAAUACGGCUUCUACUUUAGUCCGCAAAAGUGCGAGAACAAAUGGCGAGUCCUGGAACGCAAGUACAAAAAUCUCGUGUACCGUGAACGGCUGAAAAAACCCGGCAGAAUGAGGCACUACGGACAGUGGGAACAUAAACGCGCGUUGGACGAGAUCUUCAAUGAGAAGAAGAAAUAUGUGUACCUGGAAAAAAACGAUUCACAACCGUCGAGCGGAUCAGCGAAAUAUCCUUUGGUUUUAUUGAAACGCAACUGUGAUCAAGGCAGUAAUUUAUCUGUCAAUCAACAACACGAAGAUCCUUUGGCGCCAAAAACUAUGACGAAUGAAAGAAACGAAGGGACACGAACUUUGACGAUAUUGUUUGAGAAAUUUGCUGAAGAAAUGGAAAAGAAUUUUAUCCUAGCCGAGAAGAGCAAAGAGAGGCGACACAAGGAAAAAAUGGCCGUGAGACAUCAAGAAUUAGAAUUGAAGAAACAGCUUCUUAAGUUGAAAGAACAGAAAAUAGAAUUGCAAAGAUGUCAAAUAAUCGCUGCCGCACAAAAUUUACAUUUGAAUACGAAAUGACAUGUCAUUUAAUGACCCUGAGCGCAAAAAAUUGAUAUCUUCAAUUUUAAUAUUAUAUGUAUAAGCUCUCUAUAUUUCGUAAUUGAAGGAUUAAAAUUGAUAUUUUUUUUAAGUAUAUAAUUGUAAUCAAAAUAUAUUAAAAUUUAAAAUAAAAUAAUUGUUACGAUAA